GCGAGAUUGGCGCUUAUACGUCAAUGGAUUAAUGGUAUUGUUAUGAAAAACCAUGAUUAAUAAGCAUAUUUAUACCAUAUUUAUCUAUAUAUUAUGCAGAAAUGGGUUUACACAGGUUCGGGUUGGGGAGAUGGAGUACGAAAUAUCUGUGGGGUAGAGGCGUGGCCGCGAUGCCUUAGGCAGAACAUCCCAUGAUAUAGGGCAUUAUUUCACCUGACCUUUACUAAUCUUCCUCGCCAUGUUUAUCAUCAUGAUAUUGGUGACCAUGAUGAUGAUCAUGAUGAUAAUGACCAAAGCUCCAAUCACUCGAAUACAACCGAUGUUUCCGUUUACCCCAACCCACAUCAAUGCUAAAAUGUCCUGUAUGCCCGUGGAACGACCGGUCGUUAUCAUUUUCGCCAUCCUGCACGCUGCUGACUAUCUCCCAAUCCGCAUCGCUAUUAUCAUGGACGUUCGCUUGUCCGGUGGCAUUGGGAUUGGUGCAACUGUUAUUUUUGGUAGAAUCAUCGGACCCACAUUGUAGACUGAUGGAUUUAUCACCUAUGAAUAUCACGGGUUAGUUGUGCAUCUUGGAGGGACAUAGAAAAAGAGACUUGGUUUAUAGGAAAAGUACCGUCUGAGGCUUCCUGUUUUGCCGGUCCUGUCUGACCACUAUCUAUCUUGACUUCUCGAGACUUGCAGUUCUGAUUCUGAAGAGUAGACAUG